UUACGUAAGAUAGCGACAUGGUACGGUUAGCAGUUCACCCAUUUUAUCAAAAUAAACUAAUAAUAAUUUCACCAGGGAUUUAAAACAAUUCAAAGAUCUUAAAGGCUAAUGCUACAUUUCAGUCCUCUCGUAGCGGCUGCCGCCAUGUUGCCUGUUUAACACGGUGGGCGUCACCCUUCAGUUCUUAUAUAAUUUUAUGACAGAAGCACGUGGUUCGAAGUCACUGAGUUCAAACUUUUAACUCACUUAUCACGAUCUGUCACAGCGACCUACAUGGGAAAUGAAUGCAACGCACUGAAGUACAUUUACAAAUAUAAAUGUAAGGAAUUUGGACGUUUUCGGUGUACAAUGUUGACUGACCCGCAAGUUUGCUUUAUGAUAAUGACGAAUAUAAGGGCGACAAAAUAUGCCGCAGUGAAGCGUGCUCAGGGAUUUCAGGUGAACCUGUGACUAUGAAAGCGGUUUGUGUGGGAUGGCAGAGGCCGUCCGGAAAGAGGGGGAUAACCGUAACUUCAAAGCCACUUACAAGUAUCUUUUGACGCUUUGGUUGCUGUAAUACAGAGCUGCGAGUUGAAAGGCAUCUUCUACUUAAAAUUAUAAAGCUGAUCCAACUUGUCUGUGUCCUGAGCCGGUAGAAGACUUAUGUUCGCUUUCGCUAAUUUAUGAAACUUAAAAAUUUCAUUAAAAAAAAACUAGAAUUUAUAAUAAAUGAUUGCAUCGCUGUGCAUGUAGACACGGACGCUCAGUGGCUAUACAUUACUGGUCUACAGUUGCUUUAGUGGCUGUUUUCAAUGGUUGAAAAUAUUUCAUACAAAUGAUUUAAUUUAUGUCGACACAGUAUCCAAACUUAGUCUUUAACAGUUUAUUGAAAUUGGUAUUCUAAUAUAAACAAUUAAUAUUGAUUGUCAGCUACAGUAUAGCAGUGUACAUCUUCUCCAAUGUGAAAUAAUAACUUUGAGUUGUUAAUGUUUCUUACAUACCAUGCAGUACCAAUUCCUCUGUAUUCUCUAAUUUCUCAAAAUCACGCUGACAUAGCCAAAAGAAACCUUUAAAAAUAUAGGCCUGUAUUCCCUGUACUAUUAGAACAUUCAUUAUUUAUGUCUUGGCUGACUUCACUAUUUAUUAUUUAUACUGUACAGUGUACAUAACUGCUGGAACAAAAAAAAAGGAAAAAAGUAUGUAUGAGGUAUGCAUGUGUUUUGGUUUCUAUAAUGCAGGCUGCUGACUUUAUUGACGUAAAAAAGUUCCUUCUUUCAGUUAUAUCAGAAAUCAGUGAGCACCGUUAUGAAGAUCACAAUUGACUUUCUUGAUUCCACAUGGAGUUUCUGCUGCAUACAGCAGUAAGAACAGACAAACCUUCAUAUAGUGCAAAACAGAAACAGACAGUGCAAAGACGGUACAACACUGAGCAAUGUGCUGAAAACUAAUUUUGAAAAUACACAGUAUGUACUAUUAGACCAUCUGGAAAACAGACUAUAUUAGUAUUAUAGAAAUAAAUGUUUACAGAUAAAAAUAAUAAAUUAGUGAUGGUAAUACAGAUCUGUAUUAUUAUAACAAAGCUGGCUUGCUUCUUAAUACUUUAAUUACAUAGGCCUACUAUAAUUGUUAUAACCAAGGUUUCAGUGAUAUAAUAUCUGUUUGCAUUCAUUUUAUGCCUUAUUCUACAGCCAGUGACUCACUGAUUAUUUUCUUUGUGAUUAAGGAAUUAAUGUCCUUUAUGUAGAGUGUUCAGUCUUCACAUGCAGUAAGAAUUUAGAGACCUUCUAGUCUUACAGUGUAAAAACCCCAUUCCGCUUAGCACAUUGAUCGAGACAGAAGGUGUUAAGGUUCAGAGGGUGGGGGGUUUGCACCAUCUAUCAAUCCUACUCAGAUUUUUUCUAAUUUUGCUUUGGAAAGGAAUUUGAAUACUAGGCACACCCACCUGGGUUUGCUACCAGAAAAAAAUAUGUUUGGAUGUACAAAACUGAGAAUUUGAAGUUUAUAUUUUAUUUCUAUAUCUGGCUAAUGAAAUUAGCAUUCACUAUGAGUAGUAACCACAUGGAACAGCGCCUGAUUACAAUCCUUUAUGUAGUUACACCUAACAUAAGUAGGAAGUUAUAAAUUAUAUAUCUCAAACUUGAAAACAAAGACCAAGGUUAAUCAAUAACAUUGUCAGUAGUGCCAGAAAAAUCCUUUUUGUCCUGAUGUUUAUUUAUAACUUAAGAGUUCAAAGUCUAACGGAUUCUUUCUGCGGGAGACAUAUUUGCCCCUCUCUGGUUCUGAACAAUUCCUGUGCAAUCCUGUUAAACAGUCACUAAUUAUCAGGGAGAGACAUUCAAAUACAUGUGGCUCCCCUUCAAAAAAUGGCUGAGUACUUCAGGACAUCAUGACUCGUGUAGGUGGAUAUUUUACUCAUAUGGAAAACAAUUUUGAAGAACAAAUUUCCCAAAAAUCCUUCUUCAAUUAGCCUACAUUUAUUAUUAUUAUUUAGCUUUACCGACAUUAUGCAAACUAAGAAUCCUCAAAAUGGUAAGAAGGCAUUUAUGUUUAAAUGUGUUAAUAUUCGCCGUUUCCACAGAAGGAAAAGCAGAUUUUUGAAGUUCAAGAAUUAGAUAUUUUUUUCUCAAUGUUUUAUGCAUGUCUGCUGUGUACUGCACUUAUUCUUUUGUAACAGAGCUGUUCCUGCAUUUUACAUUGUAUUCAUUAAUGGUGAUUGCGCAUGUCGUAGAUGCUUUGUAUUUAUGUUGUAACCAAUUAAAUCUAUAUUAUGAUAAUUUUAUGGGAACAGAACUCUGGAACCGUUUUCUUUUCCAUAAUGUGUAUGAUCUGCACCAUAUGAACAAUAGCGCCACCUAAUGUACUUAGUCGGAUUUGCAAAUAGGAACCUCUAAGACAGGAUCUGAGUAUAUGUAAAAUAUUAAUCACACAAUAUGUUUCUUUUGGAACAUACGUAUUAAUGAUGAUGAUAUUAUAAUAAUCAAUCCAUUAAUUAUCUAUUUUAAAUCAGUAAUGUAACUUGAUCCAAAAUAGGGAAUUUGAUCAAUGUACAUCUCUGUCAGAAAAAGUACAUAAACUCGUAGUUUACGUAUAGGUAGCCUCUUUACUCACAAUGACAUAUAGAAACAAUUUACCCAUACACGUAACUUCUGUACCCUGCAUACCGAGUAAAUGAAUGACGCAAAGUUCAGCAUUGUAAAAAUAAAUGCUAUUGAAUUGUAAUCUAAAGCGGCAUAAUACAGAUUCCAGUUGAACUGAGGAUUGCAUUUUGAUGUCAAUAUUCUAAUUUUGAAACUCUAAUUUGUUUUUCUAAAUACUGUGGCUAGAAAUGAAAGUGUUAGUAUGAUUUGUCUUAUCAAUUUCAAACUUGAUGAAGUAACAGGUUGAGAGAGACUCACACACUGGUCCAGAUGCCAUAAAUGUAGACAUACUACAAUUCAGCGUCUUAUGUUACCGAGUAAAUUCAUUUUAUUAUAUUUUACAAUUUUAUACAUUGGUGCUGUUUUUUGUUGCCUAUAUGGUGAGAGGAAAGGCGUAUCAGUUUAUGGCAUUUUUAUGUUGCGGUGUAUAAAAACAUCGCCCGAACUCGUUCUGUCUCGCGCAUAUGCUCCCUCCCUCUCGCUCUUGACUUGGUGACAGACCCGAGAGCCUUUUGUGUUUUCUCAGCCAAUAGAGACGAAUUACGACACUGAGCAGCUGUGAUAUAUAAACGGCCCUUUUUAGACGUGCUUGCACACUUUUCAUUCACUCAUCUUAAUAUAUGAACGUUGUGGAUUUCAUUAUUCCAUGUUGGUACAACCAAAACAAACCAAUUCAAUUGAGAGACUGAAGAAUUUGAUUUCGAGUGAUUUGAGGAGAUAAACGCUGGAGCGCGUACUAAUAACAUCUACUUCUGCACUAAAACGUAAGGCAUCAUUCAUGAAAGUAAUUAAACUGGAAUUGCCGCAGAUCACCGGUAUCUUUAUGAGGAGAAAAUAAAAACGGUGGAGCAAGGCAUUAGGAAAAGAAAACGGGAGGACGCAAGGAAGACCGACACCAGCCAUUCAGCAUCAUGCCUAAAUAUAACUUUUUGUUGUGUUUGAUGGUCCUCAUCUCUUUGGGACUAUCCGGGAGUGACGAGCCUCACCUAUUCUUUCCACCAGCAAGCGAGAUACCCACAGAAGCCGGUUUGUCACUAAUAGAGGUAGAUGAAACGGGUGCGCAUGAGUGCUCGGCAUGCGUCUGGCGAGAACAGAGCAAGGUUCUGAGACUGGAGACGAUCAAAUCCCAGAUUCUCAGCAAGCUGCGGCUCAAGCAGGCGCCUAACAUAAGCCGUGAGGUGGUGAACCAGCUGCUCCCUAAAGCGCCCCCGCUGCAGCAGCUCCUGGACCAUCAUGACUUCCAGGGAGACGCUUCCUCACAGGAUGAAUUCAUGGAAGAGGAUGAGUAUCACGCAACUACUGAGUCGGUUAUAACAAUGGCUUCGGAGCCGGAACCACUGGUGCAGGUGGAUGGAAAACCAAGCUGUUGCUUCUUCAAGUUUAGCCCCAAGCUUAUGUUCACCAAGGUUCUCAAGGCUCAGUUGUGGGUGUAUCUACGACCACUUCAGCAGACCUCCACCGUCUACCUGCAGAUCCUGAGGCUGAAACCUGUUACAGAGCAAGGCAGCCGCCACAUCCGAAUCCGCUCUCUCAAGAUUGAGCUGAAUUCCCGGGUUGGCCACUGGCAGAGUAUUGACUUCAAGCAUGUCCUGCAGAACUGGUUUAAGCAGCCACACACUAAUUGGGGCAUCGACAUCAAUGCUUUUGACGAAAGUGGCAAUGAUCUGGCUGUCACCUCUCUGAGACCCGGUGAAGAAGGGCUGCAGCCGUUCCUGGAGGUGAAAGUACUGGAGACAACCAAGCGAUCACGAAGGAACCUGGGUUUGGACUGUGAUGAGCACUCUACGGAGUCUCGCUGCUGUCGCUACCCAUUGACAGUGGAUUUUGAAGCUUUUGGCUGGGACUGGAUCAUUGCACCCAAAAGGUACAAAGCCAACUACUGUUCAGGUCAGUGCGAGUAUAUGUUUAUGCAGAAGUAUCCACAUACCCACUUGGUGCAACAUGCUAAUCCCCGUGGUUCGGCUGGCCCUUGCUGCACCCCUACAAAGAUGUCACCCAUCAACAUGCUCUACUUUAAUGACAAGCAACAAAUUAUCCAUGGCAAGAUCCCUGGAAUGGUGGUGGACCGUUGUGGUUGUUCUUAAACUCUAUCAAAUACCCUCAACCUAACAUGACUGAGCUCUCCUGAACACCAAACGUAAUUCUUGCUCCACCCCAAGCAUCCAAUGGACGCCCACCUCCCUGUCCCCAUGUGCCUCGGAAAGAGAUGCUAAGUACAAAUAAAGCAAAGAAAGAUUGUUUUAGAUAGUUGUUUUAGUUAAACUGGAAAAAUAAGAACGGCAAAGUAAAAAGUAAAGGCGGGACUUGUUAGAUAAAUUUACCGAAGACUGCAAAGGGAGUGUCUUGGAGCAGCUGGAAAACAAAGCUACAUCAUCGUUUGUUUGGUGUUUGUAGAUUUCUGAGGGUUUUCAUUCAGACGAAUCAUCAGGUUCUCAAGCAUAUCUUGUGACAUCCUAGGCCCUGCCUCUGGUAAUGAGACCACAUAUAUCCCAAAACAUUAAGUGGGUUUCAUGCAUUUUAAUCUUCAAUGCAUAUAUGUCAUGCAGAAAUAAUGUUUUUUUUUUUCCCCGUAGAAAGGGGCUACACAGCGUGAUUGUGUAUGAAAUCUGUGAACUAUUCAGUAUAUAUGAAGUGACAAACAGAUAAGGCACUCAAAUGUUUAAGAGGUUUUCCAAAAUGUUUCAGAAUAAUUUAGUAAACCACACAAAACUAGUCUAGACUUCUUUGAUGCUUCUUUCGACCUUUAAUUGCUUUAAAACACAUUUAAUUACUAUAUUUACAGAAAUUUAAGGGUUCAAAAGAUUCAAAGACAGUUCUUCUGCCCCCCCCCCCCCCCAAAUGUGAUGCAGGUUACACCUCAGUGUGAAAUUCUUGGGAAUCCAAGUACCCUUUCACUGCUACUUUGAUCUCCUUUUACUUGUAAUCUUGUAAAAGACAAAAAAAAAAGAAGAAAGAAAGAAAGAAAAAUUUAUUUCACUACCUUUAAAAGUCAAUAGAAAAGGACGGUCAGUGUGGCUUCCUUCAGUACACAGCAGUAGCUGAAGAAACCCUUUAACAGUAUAAAUAAUUCAGCCAUAGCUGAAUUUCCUCAAAUAGAGGGGCAGUGGCACUAAUAAAUAUUGAAAAGAUGAACUCAAUAUCUAAAACUCAUUCCAAACUCAGAAUAUAGCUGAAGAUGAAUCAUGAAAAUCAUAUUUACCGUAUUAUGCUGUUUGCUUAUUAUGACAGUGUUGGCUAUGGAUUUUGGGGGUAACCAGUCAUUAAUCCAUAUCAUGCCAGUCCAAACAAGCAGGCACCUACAGAAGCCAUGAUAAGCCAAGUCCUGUGCUCUACGUUCUAGUAAUGAAGCGCUUUAAUUACCAUACCAUUGCCCCAAUUGCACUCUGUUUGGACAAGGGUCCAGCUAAUGCAUUUAUAAAAUAAAUCAUGAUUUAUUGAAGGGCUUCUAAACAAAAAUGGUUAUAGGCAUACUUUCGAUCUGUUUGUUAGGCUAAAUACUAUUAAAAUAACUAGUUAAAAAUUAGGUUUAAAGAUUUUAAGGUGCUAGAUUCAAAGUGCUGGGAGCUGGAGUGGUGUUCACAUAGAAGUGUUGGAAUGUAGCUUGUGAAUGAGUAACAUAAGAGGCAAUCUGAGCACAUAAAACGUAGUGGUGGAGUUUCCUCCAAAGUUUCAGAGAAUAUACAAAAUACUUUUAUAUAUUUUAAUUGUUCAGGAUAUAUAUGGGCAUGCAAAUAGUACUGAUUUACAUUUUUCCCUGCCCCACGACCAGUGUAUCAGCCAGCCUCACUGUGUUAAUUGAAAAAUUGCCUCUCUGACUGCAAGACAUUUAAUGCAUAUCCAUAGGCUCUCUUCUAGCAGAAUUACCGUCCCAAAACAAUAACAAAAACCUUUUUAAAUAACAUCAUACUACAUUCCAAGAGUAAAAAAACUGGCGGUGGUGCAGGGAAUCUUAUAUAUCAAUAAUAUUUGGCAGAAAAACCUGAAAAAUUGUUAUACUCAUAAGUAAAGGGAGAGAGUUAUUUUGGAUUAAAUUGGAAAUGCUGUCAAUAAUAUUGAUAUGAAUAUAAUUUCACAGUGAUUUUUAUUGAGAAAAAAAUAUAUUGAAAAACAUUUUAAAGUCCUGGCCCAUAAGGUAUGGCGAAUAUUGGAAUUGCUUGAAAAACUUAAGAUUGAAAAGCAGAAGUCUGUCUCUCGGAUGUACGAGCGGCGACAUCCCUUGUUGGAAACGAAAGCACUAUGCUGUUGGAUAAAGGAAGAGCCUUUAGACAUAUAUAUAUAUAAAAAAAAGAAAUCUCUGGGGGAAUAAAAUCCUCUCUAGACACUCUACCUUUCCAACAAUAAAUUUUGCACUAUGGGAAGUUAAAGAUACGAGGAGUUGUGUUGUUUUGUGUUUGACCUGAUUGAGUACAAGAUCUUUACUAUGGAUUUUAAGAGAAGAAAAAGAAGCUGUCAGAGCUUCUGACAACACACAGUGUGGAAAAUCUAGUGAGUACAUUUCCUCUUUUGUUACUGUCAUACUUUUCUCCCAUUCAUCUGAAGCGGAAACCUGAUAUUUCCCCUAAUUUUAAUCGCAAAACAUACCAACUGCGACACCUGAAGAUGCAAAUGCUUGGAUGAACAGGUCUGUUAGAUGGAUUCUUGUUGUGGACUUACACUUGUGCUGAAGUCACACCUCUGAACCGAGGAAUACAGAAUAACAGAAAAAUGUCUACUUGAUUUUUUUCACGCGAGUGUGAGUUGCAGCGAUGAAAGGAACACGUCUUGAUCAUCACAUGCACAUGACAUACGACACAGGUGUUGUCAGCCAAAGUAGGGGUAUGAUGUGUGCUGUAACUCAAGGAAAAAGUGUCAAAUGCUGAUUGCUGACCCACUACAUGGGAAAAGGGCUGUAGACAUUUAUCUGAAACAAAUUAUGGGCUAAAACAUUGACAAAAUAUAAUAAAAAUACAUUUUAUUAAUAUCUACCUCACAAAAUAAUUCUCAAUCCUUGCUCCAAUAAAUUUGAGUAAAGUUUUAAUUGUGUGUGAAUGUGUUCUGCUGUGGCCAUUCACAUGUGGUUUUAUUCAAAAUUUCAAUCAAAUAAAUGGGUCAUUUUGCUCUCAGGUUCAUAAAGGAAAAGGACAAUACAAUGAAAGAUUAUUCUGAAAGGACUACUGAACUUAAUACCUUAAAAUAUUACUAAAUGCAACAACAUGUUGUACCCAGGAUCAUUUAUAAACACUGGUAAUGUAAUUCAUAAAACUGCAUAUUUUGACACUUGUUUAAAUGUAUAAUUGUAUGUAUGAGAGUGUUUUCAUAUAUAUGAGAAAAGUAACAUCUGUGUAAAUAGAACCCACAAUAUACAAAGCUGAGACAGGUUUUCCGCUUCUGUUUCUUCCCCUUUAUUCCUUUUAUUCCUUCCAUGUUGUGCAGAUAAAAUUCAUUCCAUGUGGUAGUAUGAUGGUUGUGUACCUGUAUUUUUUCUAUUUUGUUGCUUGUUCAGCCUUUUCCUUUUGUACAAUAAAUCAUUUAUUUAGCCUAAACAAAGUAUGGUGCUGCGUUCUUUUUCACAGUAAUUUUUUUUGUCUCUCAGAAGGCAAAAAUUGGAAUCUCCCAACACUCUUUUUGAGUGAAGUUAGCCAAUCACAGCCAGUGGGUAGGGGCAUCCAGAGGUUUGGAGUAGUGGACAGGAAACAGAUUAAUUCCGGAGGCUAAUUGGUGGAAGAGAGUUUCAGGCCUGAGCUGAAAGGUUUCGUGCUAAGCGCCCAUUGUUUGGAUCACGUAUGGGAUGUAGCAUGACCCAAUUAAUGUGCCACCUGAUAGGAGGGCCUCUCAUCAACCUAAUUUAGCGAAUCAAUGGAAGACAAAUGAGUCUGGAGACAGAGCUCUUUACUAAUGCAAAUGAACUAAGACCACCCACCACAGUUUAGAGAAGCCUGAUGCCAACUAUGACAUAAAUGAGAAAAAACAAUCAUGUGGCCCCACAACAGUCAAAUGAACACAGACAUGUCUCUAAGUUGCCUGUAGUGAGUGUCUGUGUGGGUCGCUGUGUGUGUAUGUGCCCUGCAAUGGACUUUCAUCCUGGGUGCACCCCUGCUGUGUGCACUAAGCUGCCUGGAAUAGACUCCUAGCCCCUUAUGAUUGGAGGAUGGAUGGAUGGAUGAGUGGAU